GAGAAUCUUUACUUUACUUCAUGCGGGCAAUCACUCAGUACAAUCUAUUGUAGUUUUGUGUUGCGUUUUUUGUUGUUCCCUUCCCCCCCCCGCAACUAGUUAUCUCUUCCUUCAACUGCAACUUUUUAUAUCCUACUCUAGGAGACAAAAUAGCAAGAAUCUGGACCAGAAAAAAAUCCCACCAUGCAACCAAAUUGCGGUCAUCUCCACAACAUCCAAGGGAGUGGUGAUGACUCUUCAUCUUCUCAGAGCACCCACGCAGCAAGGUUGUCAGGAGAGAGCUCGUGCCAUCAUAGCGGAGAUGUUCGCAUACAGCUAAACUCUGCUGUGGGAGAAGCCAGAGAAAAUGCGAGUUCCCGGCAUUCAAGGCCAGGUUCCCAAAGUCGCUCACAUGGACACGCCCACAGCGAAGCAGGGGGGCUCGACGAUUCUACUCCAGACUCAGAGGAACACAGCGGCAGCUCCCUCUCAGAGCUCAGAUACCUCCUCCAGUGGCUGCACAAAAGUCUGCCAUAUAUCUUGAUUCUGUGUGUCAAAUUGAUCAUGCAGCAUAUAAUUGGCAUUUCUCUUGGAAUUGGGCUGCUAACAACUUAUAUAUAUGCAAACAAAAGCAUAGUAAAUCAGGUUUUUCUAAGAGAACGGUGCUCCAAGUUGCAAUGUGCUUGGUUACUAGUAUACCUAACUGGAUCAUCUCUCCUCUUGUAUUACACCUUUCAUUCUCAGUCACUGUAUUACAGCUUAAUCUUUUUAAACCCUACUGUGGAUUUUAUGAACUUCUGGGAGGUACUUUGGAUUGUGGGAGUCACAGACUUUAUUCUGAAAUUCCUCUUCAUGGGCUUCAAGUGCUUUAUUCUCUUGGUGCCUUCUCUUAUGAUGUCCUUUAAAUCCAAGGGCUACUGGUACAUGCUGUUAGAAGAACUCUGCCAGUGUUACCGUAUGUUUGUCCCCAUACCAGUUUGGUUCCGUUAUCUUAUUGGCUAUGGGGAGCUGGACAGUGCACUAGGAUGGACCCUUGGGAUAUUGCUGGGCCUUCUCUACCUCAUCCUAAAACUUUUGAGCUUUUUUGGACAAUUGAGAAACUUCAGGCAGGUCCUACGGAUAUUUUGUACACGACCACACUAUGGGGUGACAGCUAGCAAGAGACAGUGUUCUGAAUCGGAUGAUAUUUGCUCAAUCUGCCAAGCUGAAUUUCAGAAGCCUAUUCUGCUUAUCUGUCAGUUUACUGCAGUUCAGAGUAAGCGUGCCCUAUGAUUGUUCCACCAUGGUAUCUGAGUGACUGGGGAAAAAAGACUCAAGCUUAAAGAAAACAGGCAAAAGCUUCUAAGUCUGUAAUUGGAAUCUUAUGGGAGUAGAAGAGACUGGUUCUCAUGGAAGCCUUUCCCAGCAGGUGAGGUAUUUAGUUUGGGGAAUGUACAGCUGAAUGGUGUUAGAGCAGUCCUGGGGGUGGCAGGGAAGAAUCAGAGCUUGGCCACAGCCAGAGCUGUGCUGUAAUGGGCUCGUGCCUGUACCUCCACUAUAGUCAGAACAAACUGCUCUUUGUUUCCUCAGAGAAAUCUAGCUAUGCCUUAGCUUGCAUGUGAAGUUCAUACAAGAUCAGAACUGUUUGUUAUUUAAAUUUCAUCAGUGCUGAUACUCAGACUGCUGCUGCAGCAGAACGUCCCUUGAGAGAUGGACAAGAACUGAAUGAGUCAAGGAACAAAAAAGAGUAGGGCGAACUUAAGGUUGGAUUCUGAAUCUCUGAUGGGCCCACAGACUUUGGCAGCUCACUUGGUUACACAAGCAUAUUUAGACCUUCCCAAACUUGAUCAUGAACAUACAGUUUAGCUAAAGAGUGUUUUAAUGUGUUUUUCUUCAUACAGGUAUUGUGUGAGUACUGUGUAAACAAUUUGAGUACUAUAUUUAACUUAGUAAACAAAUGGCACCUUUAAAAAAAGCUUUGCUUGUGUGAGUAAAAUGCAUGACUAAGCCCGAUACACAGUUCAUAAGGGCAGAUGUAAUAACCAACCCUUUCUAAAAUACUGGGCAACAUAAAAAUUUUAACUUAUCCUGGAUUAGCUUUUCCUGGAAUGCUAAUACCAACAGCUUAAUCGCUUUUUAAUUCAAAAAUCCUCUCAGAGAAAAUAGAAACUAAAAAUCAUUAGACUUGGACAUGAUGUUAGAGCAAGGAAAUGCACUUCCUAAUACUUGAAUAUGGAUUAAAUUAAUUGCUUCCAGUAAUGGGUAGCCAUUCAUUAGAAUUCCAGUACUCUGUGACAGACUUUCAAAAACCUUUUUAGAACAAUAGGUCUAAAUCACCUAGUCCAUUCCUGGAAUAUUAACUGGGAAGGUACAGAUUCUGAGAUGCGCCAGCUGCGUAGUACAAACAGUUGUCCUGAAAGCACUACCCUGCUGACUAAGGGAGAAGAUCUGAGAAACAAGUAUGCUUUCUUACUGCCUUAUCCCCAAGCUGAGUAAAUAGCAGCCCCGUUGCUCAUGCAGCAGGGAACACUGAGAAGGAAGCGUGCCAUUCCAUCAGAUAAGUUACGUGGUCCUGGCACUGUGCUUUCACAUCGUGCAAAAGGACAACACACGCAUUCUUGCAUGGAUGCCGUUUGUGAGCAAAAGCCUGCAGCGAGCCUCCUGCUGGUGCUAGCUUACGCUCAUGAUCUGGUAGAAGCAGAGUCAUGACAGUGCAAAGCUGAAGUGGUCCGUCAGGACCAAUAGCUUGGACUGGCAGACCUAAGAUGAACUAGGAAGGUAGUUACAGAUCAAGAAACAUGCUGCUUUACACAUAUACAUUCAAAGUAUGCAGGGAAAUUUGAAAGAAAUUAACCUGAACUAAAUAUUCUUUUGCUGUAGAACAAAAGUAUUUAUAAACUACUUACCUCAAUACGUAGUUCAGUAUCUGAGACAGAUACCGUACAUUGAGGAAUUAAGGCAUCAAGGACUGUAUGCAAGGCCAGCAUUAUUACUAAGAAGUAUGAAACUAAUUUAGAAGUAUUACACUUGUGGUUAAGAGAAAAAAAAAGAAAUCGACACAGGAACUCAACAGCAUUAUCUGGCCUGUAAAGCUCACCAAGACUAUUUUAUGGAGCACAACAAAACAUGGUGUCAGUGCUUUAAGUCAGCCCUGGACUGUUGCUGAUCCUUUGGUCUUUGUCUACCACAUGGUAGUAACAACUCCUUACUAGAAUAAGGGUGGAUAUUGGUCAGAGACAGGACCAGGGAACAAUUUGUCUUUUAUUCUGUCUCUGUUGAUGAUUUUUUUUCCUUUACGAUCCAGUGAAAAUUAUCCAAUCCAGUAAUAUUAUCAAACACAGUUUAUUAAAAAAUAAAGAACUAAAAAGAGAUUUUGAUCAGCCAGUUCAGAUUUACACUUCAUAAAUGAAACAAGUCAUUCUCAUCUUAGUUACAGAGCGGAAAAAAGUGAGUAACUUACAUCCAUGAAUGACAUCCUCUCUGAUCCGCUUGUCAGCAUCAUGCUAUUAAGAUGCAACUCUUCCUUAUCAAGCCCACUCAGGCCGGGGUAGCUGCCCUGCUUUCCACAGACACCCAGCACACGUCUGACUCUGCAGGAGACAGAACAGAGAAGAGGAUGACAAAUGGCAAUCAAUAGCCACUUUUUAAGAGCCCAAGAACCUAGAUGAAGGUACCAGCCCUUGGUAAGACAGACCGAUCAGAACUAGCACUUGUCAAGUCCUUUUAAGUUCUAAGUGGAAUUCCUCCUCCCUCCCUUCCCCUUCAAAGCUGUCAUGAAAGACAAUGAUUUAGAUCCAUAGUUACACUUAGGGCCUACCUACUUCCUUAAAAAAAAAAAAAAAAAAAGGUCACUUGGAUUAGCAUAUGUUUAAAUUUGCAUUUAAUUGCUAUUCACAUCCAUCUUAUUCAGCGGUUGAGUAUAUUUAGUUCCAGUAAACUGUGAAAGAUGAAAAACAGAAUAGCGAUUACCUUUAUUUCUACUAAGGCAGCUCAAGUUUGUUUCUUGCAGACAGCUAUAAAGCCAAGUUAAUCUAGAAGAGAACAAUCUGUAGAAGUUCAUAUAUAGGAACUGCAUACAGUAUAUCAUCAAGGAUCUGCAGGAAGAAUAUUUAAGUAAUUUGCCUUGUUCUUAAUAACUUCUCCUCCUCCUUUACCCCUUAGGGUAAAGGAUUUCCUUCUAAGCUGGGAAAAUGAAACAGCAACUAGCCUGCUGUAAAGACAGAAUUUAAAAAAAAACCCACCAACCGAAACCCAAGCAUCUGUCCUAAGAACAACAGUAGUCUCCCUCAAUGUUUGAUGCACUUUUUGAUUAACAGUGAGAGCCGGCUGGGAGUUAAUAUUAAGAAGAGAAUAGACCCAAAGUAAACAUCCACUGUAUAGUUAGAGUGGACUCAAAUACUAAAUGUUCUCCAGCAGUUCAGCUUUUAGAUAGCAAGACAAAAAAAAGGGAUAUUCAAAAUAACAAUUGACUCAUUUAUUUUUAUCUUUUAUUAUGAGCUAAUACCAGGAUGACAUUCAAAUGUCAGAUGGCACAAUUAAGACAGUCUUGGUAGGAAUUAUUCCAGCAUUCCCAAAAUUACAAUUUAGUACACGAAUGGCAUCAAAUGUAUGCAUCACUCCCACAGAGAAAAAUUAUGAAAUUCUGAAUAUCUUAUACCAGAAUAGUUUCUGCAUUAAAUGGGAAAAGAAAAACUGCUGGUAACACAGCUGACCUAUAAACCUUUUGUGAUAAUGACCUGCAGAACAAAAUAUUCCCCUAUUUAACAUCUAGUAAAAAAAAAAAAAAAAAAAAAACUUGUUCAAGUUUAAGAUUUAAUACUUUUAUAUGGUUAGCCACAACAGGUAUUAACCUCAGUUUUACUAUAUUUUUGUAAUGCUACAAAAAUCCUAUAAAAUCAAAUUAUAGUGAAUUUUUCAGUGAUUAUAAUUAAAAAAGCGCAGCUUGUACAAAAUAAAAAAAAUAAGAUUCUAUACUCUAAUGAAAAAUUUAAGACAUUUUUAAAUGAACAAAAGAAAGCACUUGUUAAGCUCUCCAAUAUUCAAUGCAUUCUGCACUUAUCUGAAAUAGCCAGACAGGAGCUAGAACUCCACUCCCCUUAGUUCACAACUAGUAAUUUUGAUACUAUUAUAUAUAUAUAGAGGAUCUAUGUCUGAUAUUUUUACAAAUAAAUACAGGAUAAACCAUAUUGCAUAGUGUGUGCUUGCUGUCUGAGUCACACUCCAAAAGUUUCACAGUUACGGUAGGGAAUUAAACUUAUAAUCUAUGGGAUGAAACAUUGACAGUACAUGAAAUUUAAUUUUAAAACCGAUGAAUUGUAUCUGUAAUUAAUCAGUGAACUCAGACAAACAACUCUUGCCAUUCUUGCCAGCCAUAUUAAACCAAUUCUACUGGACAAUUAUAUCCAGCCAACCAAAAAGCAACUGUUAGCUGUAACUAGGACCAAGAGAGAUCUGCCUCAAAAAAGUUUUUUUUUUUUUUAAACUAAGUUCCUUUAUACUCAGUAAACACAUUGGGAAACCUAUGUUAACAAGUGGCACGGAGAGGCACUGCUUGAAGUGUUGCGUAUUUGCAAAUAUGCAUAAUACAAACACACAUGAGCACUUUGAUUUCAGUUUCACAACAUGUCACCAGUGGCCGUAUUACCAAAGGAAAAAUGGCAAUCUUCCAGUACAAUUUAUGUCGCUAUAAGGUAACUUGAUUUUCCUUAUAAAACUAAAAAAAGAAACUUUCCAAGAAAAGGCUUAUCAGGAAGAAAAAAAAAUACUAGUUUUUGCUCAAUCAUAACCAUCAUCUUUGUUGGUUCUUUGUUAGCAUCAACAAGGUAUCGAUGAAUCCUUGUGACUUGUAAAUUUUAGAAAACAGCACUCUGAUUGGAUUCGACACGCUUAGAGAGUUUUAUGGCUUGGAUCCUAUGGCUCAAAAAGAUUCAGUAUACACA